AUGACUUAUUACAUAAACAUUAUUCCUAGCAGCGGUGGACGCAUUAACGAAGAUCAGUUGAAGGAAAUUUUUAUGGAAUACGAUGUCAAUGGCGACAAAGUUCUCAGCAGAGAUGAGAUAAAGAAAGCUUUCGACCUCAUUGGCUCAAGGUUUCCUGACUUCAGGACCUGGCGGUUGAAUGAUCUCGUCAAUUACGCUUUUAAAUUUGGGAUCAAAGUUUGGAUCCGCCAUGCUGACAAUGCUAAUGAAGAUCCAGUGAUCGACCUUGACACAUGGUUGGAAGAUCUCAUCAAUUACGCUUCUAAAAUUGGUUACUGGAGUUAUAAUAAAAAUGCUUCAGUAUAUCUUACUGAAGAUCAGUUGAGGGGAAUUUUCAUGCAAUUCGACGUCAAUCAUGACAAUGUUUUAAGCAGAGAUGAGAUAAAGAAAGCUUUCGACUACAUUGGCGCAUGGUUUCCUGGCUACAGGGCCAGAGAUGGGAUUAGACAUGCUGAUGCCAAUGGAGAUGGAGUGGUCGACUUGAACGAGUUGGAUGAUCUCGUCAAUUACGCUUGUAAAAUUGGGUAUUACAUUAAGUAG